GUCAGUGAGUGGUCAUCCCAUUCACUAAAUGGAUAAAUUAUCACACCCCAAAAAAAUCAUCAAGUAUUCACUUUCCCUGCCCAACUGAGUCGACGCAAGGGUAUAAAGUCCCACCUCCGUCCCGUCCAGGAAGAGAACCAAUUUACCUCCCUCACCUUCGAAGCACGCGAUAAAUCCCCCAACGCGACCACAAUGAACGAAGAGAUCAACCACAAAAUCGACCCCGAAGGCGAGAUACUCAUCAUCUUACCAGGCGACAUCAAAUUCCAAGUAUCGAAGAAAAGCCUGGGGCUCGCGUCGCCGGUCUUCAAGGAAAUGCUCGAUGCGGCGCCGGCGGACAACGGGCGUAUCAAGCUGGAUCUGGAGUGGAAAGAGAAGCCGUUCCUAAUUCUGAUGCAGGCAAUGCACUGCCAAAUGCUCAAGAUACCGGCAAAGACCUCCUUCCAGAUGAUACUCGAUCUGAUGGCGUGGCUCUUCGUAUCCUGGGUGUGGGAUGACAAGGAGAAGUUCGAAGCGUGCGCACGUGUCGCCAUCGAAGAGAGCGUGGACAGUGUGAAGCCUUACGGCUUGCCUUUGUCUGAGGAGAUCAUUGAGAAUCUGAACACACGCCGGAAGAACGCCAUCGAAGGAAUUAUGAAUAAGCUUUGGAGGAAGGAAGAUCAGUUUCUGAGCGCGCGCGAGGAGGGCCAGUGGGGAGAUAAUGCCACCUUGCUGGGAUGGCUGAGGAAGAAUGUCCAUACCAACAUCACAAACUAUGACUGGGCGCCGGGUCAUCCCUACAGAGGCUUGUCAUAUCGGAAGCUGCUCAACGAUAUAGCUUCGUUCAAAAACCCGAGACCAGAGUUGACUUCGCAGGUUCAAUACAACUUUCUGGAUAUGCUGCAGGUAAACCAAAAUGCUAGAGGGUUGAAGCUGAAGGGCUCCACUCAUGGGAGUUAUCGCCCCGAGCAAGUCUGA